GCAGUGGCGGACCGGUUCGCACCUUGUGUCCCUUGCUCUGUCCAAAGGGACGUCCUCGAUGGUGUGACUGCGGGAGGGCGACACUUGUUCCGUUGUCCCUGAGGCCGGGAGAGGAGCGUGACCAGCCGGAGUGAUGGGGGGCUACUCGAAUGUGAAAGAAUGGGUUGCAGCAAUUUCGCUGACAAUUGGAGCAGCUGCUGUUGGUUACCUCGCCUACAGAUCUUUAUAUUCCAGAGACAAGUGCCGUAAAUCAUUGGUUAAUCUCGACAUCCAGAAGGAUACCCCUAAAGUUGUGCAUGCAUUUGAUGUUGAAGACCUAGGGGAUAAAGCAGUGUAUUGUAGAUGCUGGCGGUCUAAACAGUUCCCAAUGUGUGAUGGUUCUCACACCAAACACAAUGAAGAAACUGGAGACAAUGUAGGGCCACUGAUAAUCAAAAAAAGAGAAGUCUGAUCUAAGGAUAUUUUAAUUAAGAAACUGUCAGAACAUGUUCUGUAUCAAUGUACAGAUAAUUGCACACCAUGCAAGGUGUAAAAUGAAAUAGAUGUAAGCUAUGUAGUUCAGACCUUAAUUUUUUAUCAAGGUCCAUUCUAUGUGACUGUGAAAACACUAAUCUUGGCCUUUAUCAUUUAAGAUGUUCUCACAAAAUGUCUGUGAUUGGUGGUAUUUUCUUGUGUGUGUGAAGUAAAAUAUUGUAGUAGUACAAUGAAAAUAAUUUUUCUAAAUUGUAGACAUUAUUAUUUUGAUCAUUUUACAAAGUCAGAUCAAUAAAGGAUUGAGUUUGAAA